CGGUCAUGGCCAGGCCGGCUACCCCCGGCGACCCUGUCGCCGGCUGGAAACUCCACAUUGUGCGGCAGUUGCGGGAGCGGGAUCGCACGCAAAAGGCACUCUUCCUGGAUCUGGUGCAAGCCUGUUGUGAGGCCAAACCCCUACAUCCAGGCAGCCUCACUUCACUGCUCUGAUGGGCAGUGGAACCAUCCAGUUUGAGGAAGAAGUUAUCCCCCAUCUAUCCUCUGGGAGUUGCAAGUCUGAGGACCUAGAGAAAUCAAACAGACUGAAGGGCAGGGAUAAAUCAAUCCCAAGGCCCUUCCUUCUUUCAAGACCCUCAGCAGACAGUACCCAGUCAUCCCUGGAUGCUCCCAGCAGUGGCCAUUCUUCAGUCCCUGGGACAGCAGGUCCUCUUCUGGAUAACCAUCUGCUAGAGAAGGCUGAGCUGCUGGACAAGUUCUCAGAGAAGCUGCAGCUGGAGCCAAAUGAUGUUACUCCCACCACUCACCAGGGCCCCUGGGAGGAGGAGUCAGGGCCUGACUUAGACCAAGCCCCAGCACUGGCCACUCUGAGGGUGAAGUGGCAGGAGAAGGAGGAGGGGCUCCGGCUGGUUUGUGGUGAGAUGGCCUACCAGGUGGUGGAGAAGAGCGCAGCCCUGGGCACCCUGGAGUCGGAGUUGCAGGAGCGGCAAAACAGGCUGGCGGCGCUGGAGGCCCGCCUGGCGCAGCUGCGAGAGGAGCGGGUGCAGCACGCCCGGCAGGUGGAGGAGCAGCAGGCGCGGAACGCCGUGCAGCUGGCGGACUACGAGGAGCUGCGCGCGCUCGCCGGGCUCCAGGAGGCGGCCCUGCGCCGGCUCCAGGAGGAGGCGCGCGACCUGCUGGAGAGACUCUUGCAGCGCAAAGCGCGCGCCGCCGCGGAGCGCAACCUGUGCAACGAGCGCCGGGAGCGGGCCAAGCAGGCACAGGUGUCCCAGGAGCUGAAGAAAGCUGCCAAGCAGACUGUGAGCAUCAGCGAGAGGCCAAACACCCUAGGCGGUGGGAUCAGGGAGGAGGCCGUGGCCGUGGCCGCUGAGUCAGAGCCCCUGGACAGUGAAGCUUGUGAGAAGUGGAAGAGGCCCUUCAGGUCUGCCUCAGCCACCUCUCUGACGCUGUCCCACUGUGUGGAUGUGGUGAAGGGACUUCUGGAUUUCAAGAAGAGGAGAGGUCAUUCAAUUGGGGGAGCCCCUGAGCAGCGAUACCAGAGCAUUCCUGUGUGCGUGGCUGCCCGACUUCCUACCGGAGCUCAGGAUGUGCUGGAUGCCCACCUCUCUGAAGUCAAUGCUGUUUGUUUUGGCCCCAAUGGCAGCCUCCUGGCCACUGGAGGGGCUGACUGCCUUAUCCAUCUCUGGAAUGUUGUAGGAGGUCGCUUGAAGGCCAACCAGACCCUUGAAGGAGCUGGUAGCAGCAUCACCAGUGUGGACUUCGAUCCCUCGGGCUCCCAGGUUUUAGCAGCUACUUACAAUCGGGCUGCCCAUCUCUGGAAGGUGGGGGAGAUACAGUCCAAGGAGACACUGUCUGGACACAAGGACAAGGUGACAGCUGCCAAAUUCAAGCUAACAAGGCACCAGGCAGUGACUGGGAGCCGAGACCGGACUGUGAAGGAGUGGGACCUCGGUCGUGCCUACUGCUCCAGGACCAUCAACGUCCUUUCCUACUGUAAUGACGUGGUAUGUGGGGACCACAUCAUCAUUAGUGGCCACAAUGACCAGAAGAUCCGGUUCUGGGACAGCAGGGGCCCCCACUGCAUCCAGGUUAUCCCUGUUCAGGGCCGGGUUACCUCCCUGAGCCUCAGCCACGACCAGCUACAUCUGCUCAGCUGUUCCCGAGACGACACACUCAAGGUCAUCGACCUGCGUGUCAGCAAUAUCCGUCAGGUAUUCAGGGCUGAUGGCUUCAGGUGUGGUUCUGACUGGACCAAAGCUGUGUUCAGCCCGGACAGAAGCUAUGCCCUGGCAGGUUCCUGGGAUGGAGCCCUUUACAUCUGGGAUGUAGACACUGGGAAACUGGAGAGCAGUCUUUGGGGACCCCACUGUGCUGCUAUCAAUGCUGUGGCCUGGUGCUGUUCCAGGAGCCAUGUGGUGAGCGUGGACCAGGGCAGGAAGGUUGUACUUUGGCACUAGGGCCACGAUUCACCUUGCCUAGGCUGGAGCUCUGGUCCAGAAGCCCGAAGAACUGCUUUCCUUAGCACCACGGAGCUCCAGAGCAGCAGGGGAGGGGGUGGCCUCAGGAUUUAAUGGGGAAGAAGGCCUGGCAGGACCUGGCCUGUUGGUUAUAAACAAAGUAUAGUUUGGGUCGAAUAUGGACUUUGUUUAUUUUUUGUUUCCUCACUUUCUCUCCCCAAAGUAGAAAAAUUACAUCUGAACUAUGUCUGUUUGGUUCUUUGCAGCAUGCAGGGUACAGAGAGAUCUUUGAGCUGGUGGGUUUGGGGAAUCCAGGCCCUGCCCCAGUCGUCCUCCCACACACAGCUGGGCAGAGCCAGCCUGCCUGUGCCUGGGGAGACAGGUACUGCUCAAGGCUAACCAUGGACACAGCAUGAAAAAGGGCCUGGAGGCAGCAAGGAACCAUAGGAUGUGAUCCUGGGUUCAACCCGGUCCUGAGUUGAGGCCAAACCAACACAGAGGGCCCUCCUAACUUCAGGUACCCGUGGUAGACUUAGGCUGUAAAGGGGCCUUGGGAGCUCUGAGGAGAGGGCAGCAUAGAGGGGUCCUGGUGGAAAGAGUCCUAAAACCUCAGAGUGCUACCACAGUCCUUGGUGCCCUGUGCCUGCCUUUCACUGAAGCUGUGUCUUUCCUCCAGAGCCAGAGCCCCAGUGAGGCAGAGCAGGGCCUGUGUGUUUGUGCCUGGGGAGUGCUGUGGGCCAGGUCUGGGCUGCAGGCUUCGCUUAUAUUGGCACCUGUUUCAUCUUCAUGGCAAGCCUCUAGAGUAUAGGGCAGAGCUGACAGAACUUCACCAGCCUAGGGCUGGGUACAGACCCGCGGAGGCUGAAAAGUGUUGGUUAAAUGUCAAAAUCUAUACUCUACUGAUUCCCAGAUCACUGCUGAAUUCCAAGUGACAUAC